AUGCAUAAAUCCUUAGUUUCACCAGUUGAGUCUUUGGAAGGUCGGAAAAGGGACCAUCGGCUACGCAUACUCUAUUUUGGAGUGGUAGUGUGAUAGAUGCAGUGUCUUGUAGUUGCCUGUGCCUCUCCAGGGUCUUGUCACGCCACCACCUACAUUUUAGAGCGAACUCAGCUCGUUCCUGGCGUUGCAUUGCGAUUAAGAUAUGUCGAUCCUGGACCACCUACACGUGCUGUCACGGCCUAUUUUCAGUGCUGCUGCUGCUGCUGACGAUGGGGUAAAGAAUUCCAAUCAAAUCCAGUAACCGAACCGUCCCUGCUCAG